CUUGGCCGGACUUGUCUGCCUGCUUGGCAACUGACGUACCCCGUAUCUUGGGUCGUGUGUUCAGAGGGGAUCCAUGGAUGCGCUGUUGGAACUUGAGUUGCUCUAUCUGCAGAGCAUCCGCAGCAGGUUCGGAUGCUGGAACCUCAUUCGAUGCUUCCACCAGAAUAAUAUGCCAUCGUGGAGAUUGUGUAACGGUCGCCCAGGGCUCCACUGCCAAGCCCUCUCUCAUCCUUGACCAAUGGAUCGGAGAAGCGGAACAUGCUCGAACCAGAACAGGAGGAAGGGGGGAAACUUGGAUGAGUGGUAACGAGAUGAACAGAUCGGUUGUCGUUCACCACCCUCUCUCCCCCAUAAUGUGAAGGGUGCAAAUCUCCUAAUUAGUCCGUCUGUCAAAUCAGGAUGGAGGAUCGGG